AUGAAUUUUGUAUCAAAACUACAAGAGAAGGCAUUAGGUGAAGCACCAACAUCAGUACCAACACAACCUCGCUAUGAUGAAUCACGUAAACAACAUGCUAUUGUAUGGCGUGGUAUACGACAUGUUGAAUAUGUCGAAAAACCAAUGCCACUAAUAUCGGAUCCACGUGAUAUUCUUCUCAAAAUAACAGCUACUACGAUUUGUGGAUCUGAUCUACAUCUUUAUAAUAAUACUAUUAUAGAUAUGCAUGAUGGUGAUAUAAUUGGUCAUGAAUUUAUGGGUAUUAUUCAAGAAAUAGGUGAUCAAGUACAAAAAUUACAUGUUGGUCAACGAGUUGUUGUUGCUUUUGAUAUUGCAUGUGGUUCAUGUGAUUUUUGCAAGCGUGAAGAAUAUUCAUGUUGUGAUACUACGAAUCCAUCAAGAUUAAUGGAACAAAUGUAUGGUCAAAAGACGGCAGCUUUUUAUGGUUAUUCACACUUAACAGGUGGUGUACCUGGUGGACAAGCAGAAUAUGUACGAGUACCAUUUGCAGAUGUUAAUUGUCUACCAAUUCCAGAUGAUGUACCAGAUAAUAAAGCACUUUAUCUAUCAGACAUCAUUCCUACAGCAUAUCAUGGUUGUGAAAUUGGAAAUGUAAAGAAAGAUUCUGUCGUAGCCAUAUGGGGUCUUGGACCAAUUGGAUUGCUUGAAGCACGUUGGUGUCAAAUUUUAGGUGCUAAACGUAUCAUUGGUAUUGAUUGUGUUCCUGAAAGACUUGAUAUUGCUAGUAAACAUCUUGGUAUUGAAACAAUUAAUUUCAAAGAAUAUGAUACAACAAAAAAACUUCUUGAAAUGGUUCCUGGUGGUGUUGAUUGUUCAUUAGAAGCAGCUGGUUUCGAUUAUGCUAAAUCACUUUUACAUAAGAUUGAACGUUUUCUUAAUAUGGAAACAGAUGCUGGUGAUAUUCUUAAAGAAAUGAUAAUUUGUACACGAAAAGCAGGUACAAUAUCACUUAUUGGUGUUUAUAAUAAUACAGUAAAUCAUUUUCCUAUUGGACCAAUGAUGGAAAAACAUUUAAUUGUUACUGGUGGUCAAUCAUUUACACAAAAACAUUGGAAAAUGUGUCUAGAAAAAAUUCGUUCAGGUGAAAUGGAUCCAACAUUUGUUGUUUCACAUCAUAUUACAUUAAGUCAAGCACCUGAUUAUUAUAAACAAUUCGAUAAUAAAGCUCAUGGAGCAUUAAAAUGUUUUAUUAGACCAGAUAAUGUUAUAGAAGGAAAAUAA